AAAAAACCCACCAAAGUUUACCUCUAGGUCUCUACGCAAACAAUAAAAACAUUAAAAGUGGAUUUAACAUGUUAUGCAGGUUUCAAUAUAUAUUUAUCUAUUCAUAAAUCACAGCUGAAAGCUUCGGGAAGGACUGGACGGGCGCGCUCAGGUGUUUCCUACCUGCUCCUUGAGAAUAACCCGAGAGGGAAAAGUCGAUUUACCUGUAGCUCGGGUUCUGGCAUCUCUCACUCGCGCGCUGUCUUCUGUUACCUGCACCGACUUGAAAGUCCAGUUUCACAAGGAAGAAUUAACGCGGAGGAAGAGGAAUAUGUCACAGGAGACAGACAGUAAGAGGCUGGUUGUAGUGGUGCCCAAUGAGCCGUCCUUCCACCAGCGCCGGGCCUACACCAGUGAGGACGAGGCCUGGAGGUCUUACCUGGAGAAUCCUCUUACUGCGGCCACCAAAGCCAUGAUGAGCAUCAAUGGAGACGAAGACAGUGCUGCCGCCCUGGGGCUCCUCUAUGAGUACUACAAGGUGCCCAGAGAUAAGAGAGUUAUGCCCAUCAGCAAAGUGGUUGAAAUUUCAGAGGAACCAGAAAAGAGAAACACUCCAGUGGGAAACAGCAGUCAGAUGGAGCCGGAGACCGUGGAUAAUCGUGUCCAGGUCCUGAAAUCAGUGCCUGUUAAUCUCUCGCUCAACACGGAUCACCAGGACACCAAACGGGAGCAGUACAGCUUGUCUGCGGGAGAGAACGGGACCGCUGCGGUGGUGAAGGCUGAGGUGUACACUCCUGUUUUCAUGGCUUCGGGGGUUCACUACAGGACAGAAGGAGAGGAACCGAUGCGGGUCAUCUGUGAGCAGACCCACUCAUUUGACACCUCGGCUGUAUGUCAUAGUGGAUACGAGAAGGAUGACCAUCGCAGCAGUCCUGAUAGCACCUAUGAGGAAGACAGCAAUGAAAAGUACCGCCCAUCAUCGCUUGCAGCUGAAGACUUCAUAUUUGACAAGUCAGAAAUGUUAGACACCUUCCAGUACACACUCGAGGCCAGCAGGUCGUUGCGGCAGAAGCAGGCUGAAGGGCCUAUGACCUACCUGAACAAAGGCCAGUUCUAUGCUAUUACACUGAACGAGACAAGUGCCAAUAAACGCCUCCGACAUCCCAUCAGCAAAGUGAGGAGUGUCAUCAUGGUUGUAUUCAGUGAAGAUAAGAACCGCGAUGAGCAGCUCAAGUACUGGAAGUAUUGGCAUUCUCGCCAGCACACGGCAAAGCAGAGGGUUCUGGACAUCGCUGACUACAAAGAGAGCUUCAACACAAUUGGCAAUAUUGAAGAAAUCGCUUACAACGCCGUGUCCUUUACCUGGGAUGUGAAUGAGGAGGCCAAGAUCUUCAUCACGGUGAACUGUCUGAGCACAGAUUUCUCCUCUCAGAAGGGGGUGAAGGGUCUUCCUCUGAUGAUACAGAUCGACACCUACAGCUACAACAACCGCAGCAACAAACCCCUGCACAGAGCCUACUGUCAGAUCAAGGUCUUCUGUGAUAAGGGAGCGGAGAGGAAGAUCAGAGAUGAGGAGAGGAAACAGAAUCGCAAGAAGACAAAAGGAAAGGAUGGAGGCGUCGGGGUGGUUUCUGUCCCGAAAAAAUGUGACGCCACCUUCUUUAAAACCAUGACUGAUCUGGAUGCCCAGCCGGUUCUCUUCAUCCCAGAUGUGCACUUUGGGAACUUACAGAGGGCAGGCCAGGUGUUUGCAUUUAAUACAGAGGAAAUUGAACGUGAAGGAAGUGUGCUGGUGAAGAGGAUGUUCCGGCAGUCUGAGGAUGACUUCUGUCCACCGCCCCAUAAACAGCUCAGAGAGGAGACACAGAAGAGAGUGCUCCUGUAUGUGAGGAAGGAGUCGGAUGAGGUGUUUGAUGCUCUGAUGCUGCGGUCGCCCACUCUCAGAGGACUCAUGGAUGCAAUUUCAGAGAAGUACGGCAUUCCCAUUGACAGAAUGGCCAAGAUUUACAAGAAGAGCAAGAAAGGGAUCCUGGUGAACAUGGACGACAAUAUCAUCGAGCACUACUCUAACGAGGACACGUUUAUCCUGAGUAUCGAGAGCUACGCAGAUGCUUACAAAAUCACAUUAACGGAAAUAUGAACGCCAGCACAUGCCUUUCUAACAUUCAGUAUGUUUAAGCUAAAAGACUUGUUUCUUGGACUCCAGCCUGGUCAGAAUCAACAUCAACUGUCCAGAAAUUCAAUUGACAUCAACUGAAGCUGACAUACCUCAUUUUUAAGAGACCUCAAGUAUGAUUUUUAAUGGUCAUUAGGAGUUUCAGUGCAUUCCAAACAUGUCCACGAUUUCACUCUUCUGCUGUGGAUGGAAAGACUAUCGCUUUCAUUAGCUUUACUUUAAGGACCAAAGUACAGACUAAUUCACAUUUCACUUGUUCUUGGAGACCACCGACUGAUUCCAGCUGUUUCUUCCAAAGGAUUUCUCUGGAGUGGAGUGAAAUGAAAUACAUGAUCUCUUCAUCAUAUCAAAAUACUGUGCGUACAGUAUAAAUAUUCAACAAUUGCAAGCAAUAGCAAAAAAUAUGAAUUUGGGACUUUUCUGUGGAGUUUGAGAGUCUGCAGAGCUAUUGAUCUGUGAAAAGUGUCCAAUACUGUCAAUGUUUUUGAGUGUGUGUGUGUAUUAUGUUGCCAUUAAUAUUAUUGUUAAUGUUAGCUUGGUAGAUAUGAUUUAGCUUCUUACUGUCUGAAUAUUCACAGACUUUUUUUUCUGACGCAAAAGGAAAGCUGUUUUUAUGAGACUGUGCCAUUUCAAGUUUUUGUAUGCUAAAUAGUGCAAAGCAGGAUAUAUGUAUAAAUACUGUUAUGUUUAACUGUAAAGUAUUGAUUAUCAGAAAAUUCAUCAAAUGAGGAAGUCACAGUAAGUGUAGCUCAGACACAUUUCAGUUGCAUGUUUUACAUGUUGCACUCAUGGUUUAAUGUGAAAUUAAUUUUAUAAAGGUUCCAUUGGUUUCAAAUGCAAAAAGAUUUCAUGACCUUUUGGAGGUCUGAACGUGUAUCUUCACAUAAACAGCAAAGGUUUUUCCCUUUUGCAUCAAAAUAUGAGUGUCUCACAGUUUUUGUCAUUAUGUUUGAAAGAACUAUGCAGUCUUAAAGUCUGCUUCAUUCCUACUGUUUGUGUAACAGGAUUACAUUAACAGUGUAGUGCAGAGCUGUUAAUGUAAUGUUUUAAAACCACUGUCUUCCAAAAGAAAUAAUGCAAAAGGGCACUUCAGAAAUAAUAAUUUGUAUGUAAAUAAAUGCAUUUUUAUCA